CUACUGAUUUCUGUUCCUUCUGUGAGUACUUUUCAGUUCAAAUCAUAAACAAGAAGCUCUUCCAGGUGUUAAUUGCGGUGGUGGAUGGUUCUAGUAUGACGGUGGUGAAGUUACAAUCCUGAUUCUAGAUACAUCCAUAAAUGAUGGUGGUGAUAGUAAUUGGAUUCUUCUAACAUCUUCUAGGCAUGGAUACAUUCUAGAUUUUUUCAUUGCAUUGAUGAUGAAAGUCACUUGCUGCUCCUUCUUGAUUCUUCUAGUAUGGCGGUGGAAUUGUAUCUAGAGAGUUCUUCAAUUGAUGGUUGGCAGCCUUCCAAUAAUAUCUCUAGAUUCUUCUAGGAAUGCUUAAGGAUUAAGGAAUUUGAUUAGCAAGGAAUCAUCUCUAAUUUUCUAGAGAAUUCUUGGAGCUUCCUCAUAGUCGGUGAUUACCUUCAAUUGAGGGAUGCUAGGAUGCAGCUUCAGUUAUCAAUGUCAUGGCAUUGGAUUAGAAGAAUGAAAAGUUUUCUGCCAAAGAAAAUCUUCAAAUACCCCUGUAGAUCCGUGGAAUGUGGAAUCUUCUUAGACUACAUAAUUAUGAGAUCCAUAUUGCUCAAGGACUGCACCUUCAAAUGAUGGAUGAGGAGAGAAAUGACAGCGAUGAUAAAUCUCUGUCGAGUGAUUCUUGUCGCCUUUGGAGCCAAUGGCAGUUGCUGGAUUCUGUACUUCCUACAGGUGGCUUUGCUCAUUCUUGUGGUCUUGAGUCAGCAAUGCAAGCUUGCUUGGUCUUUGGCCCUGAAGAUUUACGGAAGUAUGUGGUCCAUGUGUUGGAGAAUACAGGAAGUUUACUUCUUCCAUUUGUUCACGCUGCAAACAUGUCUCCUGACUUGCAGACGUGGCAGAAAAUUGAUCGGCUGCUAGAUGCAACACUGACCAAUGAAGUGAGUCGUAAGGCAUCAAUUGCUCAAGGAUCAGCGCUUAUGAGAGUUGCUGCAGCUGUUUUUUCAGAAAUUCCGUCUAUCAAAAUGAUGAGAGAUACAUCUUUGGGAAGUUCAAUGGUCUCUUUGCACCAUGCUCCCAUCUUUGGGCUCAUAUGUGGGCUUCUUGGAUUUGAUGGUGAAACUUCUCAGAGAGCUUACAUGUUCAUAACAAUGCGAGACGUCAUAUCUGCUGCGACUAGGCUAAAUUUGGUCGGACCCUUAGGUGCAGCCGUAUUACAGCAUCAUGUUGGCCCGAUUGCUGAAGAUUUGUCAAAGAAAUGGAUGAACCGUGACGUUGAGGAGGCAUGCCAGACAUGUCCUCUUCUUGAUACUGUGCAGGGAUGCCAUGGCUACUUGUUUUCAAGACUAUUUUGCUCUUGAAGGCUGGAAAUGAAGAUGAGUAAUUGUUGGACUGUAUAAAGCCUAAUCGUGUUGUGCAUUUCUCCUGUGUACUGGGAUCGACCUGUCUCACCUAAUUCAGUUUUUAGUUGGGAGUAUAUAGCGCAUUCUAUAUUCGCAGUAACAUUGGGCGCCUAAUAAUAAUAUGAUACAUAAACGAUGUUUAGGAGGUCCCUUCCUGAGUGACAAAUGCACAGAGGCGUGAUUUCACUAUUGUGUCCUCUUUCUUCUUCAUAGUAAAAAUGUGCUGCAACGAAAAGUGAACAUGGCUAUCAAAUUGAUAUAAAUCACUAUAAAUCUGUGUGUUUGCUCGCA